CUUUGCCACACACCAUCUGUCAAACGUGUGCGAUAGUAGCGGUGCACACUGAUACUGGUGUAACAUGUCCGAAGUGGUAAUCGCGUAGCGCAAGGUGUGUAGUUUGGUUUGGCAAAAAUUCCAUCUUUUUCAACGAUUGCGUGCCGCCAGGAGCGUACUCUGCCGCUGCAAAACAUUCUCUACCGGGCAAACCCGACAAAUUCGGCACGGACAGUAUCCAGCACCAGUGAAUAAAACCGUAACGGGCAUCCCGAAGAGCGUGAAAAGCCAGCAUUGCAGAGAAAUGGCUGGAACAAUCUCGGACAUAAAAAAGCUGGACUACGAUAUCUACAAAUAUUCGAGCUAUUCGUCGUCCUACCUGCCGGAAAAUAUCAGGGAGGACAAUCCUUCCAAUCAAACGUCUCGCUGGUCAUCGAAUACCAACACUCCGCCGCAGUAUUUGAUUCUGAAGCUGGAACGGCCCGCGAUCGUGACGAAGAUCAAGUUCGGAAAGUAUGAAAAAACGCAUGUCUGCAAUCUGCGCAAAUUCAAAAUUCUCGGCGGACUGGAGGAGGAACGUAUGGUGUUAUUGUUUGAAGGUGGGCUGCGCAAUGAUUGUGUGCCGGAAACAUUCAACCUAAAGCAUCGCACAAACUCCGGCGAACUGUUGCCGAUCAAGUUCAUCCAGAUCGUACCACUGUUGUCAUGGGGUCCAAGUUUCAACUUUUGCAUCUGGUACGUGGAGCUGCUCGGGAUUGAAGAUUCCAUGUUUAUACUGUCAAAUCUGCGCAAAUAUAACAUGCUGCGCGAGGUGGAGAUUGUACGACUGUUUCUGAAGCAUUGCCGGCAGCAGGGGUACGCCAAUUCGUUCAGUGCACUGCAGGAAGAGACGGGCGUAAAGUUGGAAGAUGACAAAAUGACCGAACUGCACGAGAUGCUUGUAAAUAGAGGGGAUUUUAAGAAGACUGAAGAAAUGCUGAUGGAAUUCAUUGAAAAUGGCCUAAUGGAUAACUACCUCGAGAGGCAGGAAUAUAAACCCCAGUGGAAUUUGCAGCUGACGCCGGAAAACGAACCACGGCCCGGGCGUCGGGGUGGCCAUCAGCUGAUCAUUGAUCCGCAGACUAGCACGAUCUAUCUGUACGGUGGUUGGGACGGCAAUGAGGAUCUGAGCGAUCUUUGGUCGUACGAUGUGAAGGCAAACCGGUGGACGUUGAUUCACGAGCGGUCGGAACUGUUGGACGGUCCGACACCGCGUGCCUGUCACAAGAUGGUAUACGAUACGCGAAAUUCGCAAAUUUUUAUGCUCGGCCGCUAUCUGGACAGUGCGUCCCGUACGGAGGAGAAUAUUAAUAGCGAUUUCUACCUGUACAACACCAUCACGAAGACGUGGUUUCUGAUCUGCAAUGAUACGAGCCAGGUUAGUGGGCCGCAGCUAGUGUUCGAUCAUCAGAUGUGCAUCGACGUGGACAAGCAGACGAUCUACGUGUUUGGGGGCCGUAUCUUAGAGCCGAGUUACAGAGUUUCUUUGUCGUUUAGAAAUGAGGAGGAAACGACGGGCCAGUACCGGUAUUCGGGGCUGUUUUCGUACCACAUCAGUACCAACACCUGGACGCACAUACUUGUCGAUUGUGAGCAUCCAACAGCAUCCAGCCCGUACGUGCAGAGCAUCCGAUCGAGGGUGACCCAUUCCAUGCUAUUCCAUCAUAAACAUCGUAAAUUGUACAUUUUCGGCGGUCAACGAGGAAAAGACUACAUGACAGACUUUCUCAUUUACGAUGUGAACACGAAUGAGCUUUCGAACAUGACACCGGAGAACAACAAUACGGACACGAAGAAUGUGCCACAGUCGGGCUUUACGCAACGUGCGACGAUCGAUUGUGAAAAGGAUGAGAUUUAUGUUUUAACGAGUCUUAGCAAAGAAAAGGAGCGGCGUGAUUUAAACAUCAAUUCUUUCUGGCUCUUUUCACUGACCAAGAAGGAGUGGUGCUGCGUUUACAAGAGCGAACAUUCGAAUGGGGAAAACUGUUACCAGAAGAGUCAAACCACUUGCCACGAGCCAUGUCCGCGCUAUGCGCACCAGAUCGUGUACGAUAGCACUAAUCAGGUGCACUUUCUGUUCGGCGGCAAUCCUGGCACGAACUCAAACGUCCGGUUGGAUGAUUUCUGGGUGCUGCGGUUGGAAAAACCGAACCGUGGCAACAUACUGCGCUACUGUAAAUACCUGUUGCGAAAGCAAGAGUACGAAGAGAUCACCAAAAAUGAUCCCCUUUCGGCUAUUCUGUACCUGCAAACUAAACUGUACGACAUUAUCGAUCAUAGCGAUCCGGUGCAGCUGAAGGAGUUCCACAAGCUCGCCUCGCUGCUGUUCAAAUCGGACACGGUGGACGGGGAAACCGAACCGACCAGUCUGCUAACGUGCGCGGUAAGCACUGCCGCCGCGAGUGCUCCGGUCGGUGGGGGGAACAAGCAUAAACAGCAGCGUGCCGAUGACGAUGGUCACAAGGAGGAGGAAAACCUGGCAAAGGUGAUGCGCGUUGAAUCACCCAAAAGCAUCGAAGAGGCCGACACUUCUAGCAUUAGUUCGAUGAGUAGUAGCGAUUGUUCCAACUCACAAACACAGCCACCACCGGGCACGACCGUACCGACAACCGGUGUGGAAAAGGUUGAAGGUGUUCCACCGGAAGCCGGUACGCAUACAACUGGCGUGGGUCGAGAGCUUGUUGAAGGUGGAGGAAGGCCUAGCGCGAAUUUGAACGCAACACCUUCCACGUCCCGUUCGGCUGGUGGUACAGCAUCCAUUGCACGCAACCGUGCCGUAGAUCAACAGUUUGAGAUGAAGAUACGGCGAUGUUUGCUUUUUAACAAACUGGUCGAUUUGAUGCCAGAAUCACUGUGCCAGCCGAAGAAAAACAUUAGCGACUUUGUCCUACUGUAGUAAUGCACGCAAGUCAAAACAGUCAAAACUACGCAGCAUGUGUGGUGGUGUACACACACACACACCGCAGGUGGGAAAGUGUAUGAUAGAUCGGGAGGACACUGCCAGUAUGUCUGCAUGCCCCAUUAACCAUUCUCCCGUAUUAUUGCAUCGUAAUACUGUCGAUCAUAAUGUGAUAUAAUAGUAGUCCUGCGGGUAAAACAAUAAUGAGCGACAGGGACGUAAAACAAAAAAAAAAAGCGCUGCUCUUAUAGCUUCAUGUCAUGGGCAAGGAAUGAAUAGUCACAGAUUGUUUUAAAAAAAUUUGCUUUAAAAUUUCAGUUAUGGACGAUACACGACGAUACAGAACAAAUAUUGGAGUGAUUAAGAAGAUUUGUACCUUUUGCAGAAACAUACUCGUACGCUUUAAAAAUUUUUAUUUUCCUAUUACGUUGUUAUCAAAUCGACUAUUUAUGAUAGGAAGGAUGGGUUAACACAUUAACCAACUUUACAAACUCUACCCAGCUCUCGAAAGUGUAUGGAGACGAUUUGUGCUAAUGUUCCUCAUCGUCAUUGUUCUGUUUUGUAAUAUUGCUCGAAAUCGCAAGUUAUUAUUAUUAUGACGCACGUUAUCGUUUGUUUACGUCUUGAUUUUUCUGAUUGUGUAAAAUAAAAUUGACUUGAAAAUACCAAA